AUGGCGAAAGUAAUUGAGAGGACAAAGGGGCUGGAGCGUGAAGAUGACGACAGCGAAAGUGUGUACUUGUACUCUUCACGUCCCACCACCCCUGGUGAAAGAAAGGGCCUGCUGGUCAGAUUCCAACUGGUCAGUCGGACACAGCCCUGUGUAGCCUACCAUUACAUGUCGGUCAAUUUAAAUAGUAAGCUGUCAGAACUCAGGCGACCAGUCAACGCACACUUCAAAACACACUUUGAUGGGGGUUUUAUUUUCCUCUGUAAGACCAAAGAAGUCAUCAAUUCCAGAGAGAGACAGCUGACCAUAUUUGACAUUUUGCCAAAGCUACCAAAUCUCGCAGUAACACAAAGUUACAAUAGGACAGAUCGCCGACAAAAAAUGCCAUCCGACAGCUUUUUAUAUCCGGGCGUGCACUACAAAGAGUUGUCACAUGACAUCGAUGGGAGACGUCAUUUGGUAACAUGUGCGUGCGUGGUCUUCCUGUUUGAGCGGAGUAAGGUUAGCCAUUGGCCUGCAGACAAACUUCAAGAGGAACUCAGUGCCGGCAUGUUGGAGGGUUUUAGCUUUAUUCCAAGCGACAUAAUGUCUUGGAAGGAAAAACUCGUCGAAAACCGGGCUACAGCUAUUCAUGGUUAUGCCGCAUGUAACCAGAAGAAAGAACUGGAGACCGCAAUUCAUCAACUACCAGGGAAUACCUACGUGCAAAACUUGAAGGAUCAGAGAGGCGCCGUUCCUCUCCAUUAUGCCGCAGAGAGUGGUCACCUAGAGAUUUGUGAGUUAUUGAUAGCCGCUAUUGGCAAAGAUCUUAUCUUUCAGCAAGACGUGAACCAAAAGACUCCUCUACACUGUGCUCUCUACAGGCGAAAGCUACAGACUGCUGUAUAUCUUCUCCAGUUAAACUCCGACUUGACACGGAAAGACGUAUAUGGAAAUAGCUGUAUAGAUUUAUUACUUCAGCAGUCUUCCAAGGAUCUGGAUUUCAUCAUUUCAAAACUUCAAACAGACUGUAUUGACGAAGUCCUGAAAUAUCAUAUUACGUGGUUUGCCUUAAAGAAAAGGGAUAUAAAAAUCUCAAGAAAAAUAACUGCGAGCGUUCAACCUGUUGUUGACGACAAUCUCGGUGAAGAUCUAUUACACAUCGCGGCUGACAUGGGUGACAAGGAUGUUGUGGGACAUCUGAUUUCAAAUAAGUUUAGUUUAUCAAAGAGAGAUGUGAACGGAUUUUUACCGUUUCAUAGAGCAUGUGCUAAAGGAAAUGAAGAUGUUGCAUAUUUGCUCCUGUAUCCGGACAUGGAAGAUUCCGAUGUAUGCAAAGGUGUAUCUCUAGCAGUGAAACAGAAGUGUUAUACAAUCUGUUCAGAAAUACAAAUGAUGAAACCAUCCCUUGUCAUGGACGAAAGUUUUGUGUGUACCCUAAUAGAACACAUUGACACAAUACUUAGCAAAGUAAGCAAAGACGGAAAGAGCAGAGAAAAAGAACUUAAAGACUGGGAAAAACUUUUAAAGAACGUAAUUCCCCUGUUGCAGAAGGAAGAUGGAGUACUGGAGACUUACGUAUUCGACUGUGCUCGUCACAACCUACCAAAUUCCUUAAUGCUUUUGAAGUCAAUCGGAGCAAACUUCAACGACAGGGAUUUCAUGGGGAGAUCACCAUUACAUGAAGCAGCAGAGCGCGAUAGUUGUAAAGCCAUCAAUGAGCUUUUGAAUGGAAACUGUAAUCCAAAUGCGGUUGACUGGCGAGGAGGAAGUCCACUGCACUAUGCAUGCGCAAAAGGGCAUCUACAGUCCGUCAAAGUGCUGUUGAGCUCAAAUAAACAAGUUGAAGCAGGCAAUCAGAAUGCAAGUGGAAGAACACCACUGCUCGCAGCUGCGUAUUCUGGAAAAUUUGAAGUAGUCCAGUUCUUGGUUUCUAAUUAUGCCAGCAAAAUUAACAUAUCAGCCACUGACAGCUACGGCCAGUGUAUACUUCAUCAUCUUGUCGGGAUGCCGGAAAAAAUAGCAGAUCUCGUCCUCGCGAAAUACUUCUCUGUUGAGAAAACAGAGAAAGGAAAGUACUUCAAAAGAACUCUCUGGGUGGAUUCGGUGAAACACUCUGGGUGGUGUCGAGAAAUUAUUGUCUCUCGCUUUCGAGCGACGGUGUUGGAUAUGUCUAAGGAAAAGGGGAAAGUGUACUUUACGGAUUCAGAGACCGACGAGAAGUUGGAGGGACCAUUCAAUCAUGGAUUGAGAGUGGCUUCGUGGAAUUCUCGAAAAGGCAUUGAAUCAACAACAAAUUUGAAACCUAGAAAGUCACCAAAGAAGGAGACAAACGCGUGCACGAGAUGUAAAGAUUUCGUAGGCAUGCUUUCAGCAUACCGAGGACCUCACAAAUGCACGUUGGCAGGGAAAAAACGGCAUGAAGGAGAGGGUGAAAUACGCAAGAUUGCUCACAAAGCUUUUAAACACCAUUACAUCUUUCAACAAGAAGUCAUCUCGCCCGUGUUUAACGCUGUGAAAACAGGAAAUAUUUUGUUGGUAAAGAAACUGGUGAAAUUUAACCCGGAAUACAUCAAUCAAACUGAUAAUUUCGGUAGAAGUUUAAUAGAACUCGCUAUUGAUCGAGGAUCGGUGAAAGUUGUACAAACAUUACUAGACCUGCUACCAUCACAGCCUAACCCAAGUCUAGUGUACAGAGUUCUUAUGCAAAAGAAAAAGAGCAAGAGCGACAACACAAGGAAGGUUUUACUAAGUUCUCUGAUUGCAAAAGGUCAUCUUGUUGACAAAAGGCUGGAGACCGGUAAAGUCACUCACGACGGCUGUUCAAUUCAAAAGGGCAAAUUCUGCUACAAACAGUGUUAUUUAAAGGGAUAUACGCCAUUAGAAGUUGUCGUGAGAAACAACGAUGAAGAUGUAUUUAAGAUGGUUCUAGACAAAUCUUCCAGAAGAAACAAAUCUGUUGCAUUGUUGAUAGCAGCUUACAAGGGACACCAUGCAAUGCUUGAGACAGUCAAAAGGAAAACUUAUUCUCAAAAGAAAGACAAAAAUGAAGACGAAGACGACGAAGAGGAUGAUAACAAAGACGAAGAUGAAAUUGACGAACGCGUUUUGUUAGACAUUGCUUGUCGAAGCCCACACAUCACGACUGAUUUAAUAAAAGUUCUUGGCAAGCUGUAUCCUGAAAUGAUGGAACAAAACACACAAGGAAUUCUGACAGAACACCCAGUGAACAGACAGUAUCUGCUAUUUGAUAUACCAAAGAAAAAAUUUCCAGAAUCGACCUCUCUUGGAAAAAUUCUUUCAAGAGUGUACGACCGAAAAUCGAGAAUAUUCCUCAAAUCGAAAAUAGAAGACAUCGCUUGCCAAUUAAUAGACGAAGGGAUUAAUUUAGGCAAAGUUUAUCUCAAUACUCAUUCUCAAAGGACAAACGCCGACAAAUUCCUGCAUGGUUGCUGCGAAUGUUUUCUCGCAGCUAUGGAAGGAAAGUUCUAUAAGGUAGCGGAACGUAUUUUGAAUAAAGAUGUUUCAACGAUAUGGAAAUGUGCAAUGAGUGAGACGCCAUGUCGAUUUCAACAUUCCUUCAAAAAGAGGAUGAUGGACCGGAAAAUGAAUCACAUGCAUGAACCACAAUAUAUCGAUUAUAUGUUGUUAUUAGCAUGUUCUGCAGAGGUACCAAAGACAAUCCUUCAGGUCUUAUUACAAACUGGAAUCAAGGAAUUUAAUAAAGAUACCGGUCCACUAGACGAUAUGGAUGAAAUAACGAGAUCAAAAGUAGAAAACAUAAAGGAUCCCUUUCUCCAAAAGGCAGUUUACAUCGCACAGUUAAUGUCAAUACAACGCAAGGGCACUCCCGAUAUAUUCAGGUUGAUUAAAAUGCUGCCAAAUAUCUUCAAUAUUCUUCAACAUGUCGAUAGCAAACUCUUCAAACAACCGACUUGUCGAGAUGGUAUCAGCUGCUUCAUCCGUACAUGUUGUGAUCUUUCGAUCAGUGGUCGGUGUGGAUAUGACAAAAGGUUGGCUGCCAAUGGAAAGGUUGAAUAUGUUCCUGUGGAUCUGCCUGAAGGUCUUCAUCUCCUCCAUAUGGUGUGUGCGCUGGACAACGUAGAGUACGUGAAGGACUUCAUCAAGUGUGGCACAGAUAUUGACAUCAACAAGGUGUCGACCAAUGGCAUCAGGGCAGUUGAUGUGGCAGCUGCGUGUGGAAACUGGCCUGUGUACAAAUUCCUAAUUGACAAGAAAGCUGAAAUCAACAGUGAUACUCUCCUCGCUUGCUGCGCCAAAGACAGACACAAAGAUAUGCACUUUUGGAUGGAUCGAUUACACACUGUCUAUGGGGAAACCUCGGCCUUAGAGAAACACAGGCUAAAGAUAGCAAAGGAUCUUUGUAGCAGAAACGAUAAAGUAAAACCCUCGUACUGUUCCGACUCCGGAGACAAUCCUCUAGGAGCUGCCCUAAAGUCAAAACUCUGGAGUGUGGCCGAAUUUCUAUGCACUGUAAACGCUGGAGCAGCAGUCUUACCCAUGUUACAAGGCAUAAGAAGCGACAGAAAACCGGAAUGGGCUUUAGAAGCGCCAAAGGAUCUCUUACGGAUGAUAGUGGAGGCUUCAGUGAAGUUUUUCUCUUCAGCUACCGAGAGUUCUUCAACUCCAAUUCCAUUCUUGCUUCAAACCAUUACAAAACGGUCCGAUUUCAAGUUAGUGGAUAGUAUGGUGAAACUGCUUGACGCGUUAAUUACCGGAAACGAAAAAUGGUUAGAAAUGUGUUGUCAGUCUGACCAGCAUGAAAUGACAAUUUUACACUAUUUAUCACAAAUCGGGCAUACACGUGGCUUAGAGACCAUAUUGAAACGUAUACCGGCAAACAUAAGCAGAAAGAAAAUUAUUAAUCAGUAUGAUUCAGCCGACGCAUCCGCUCUUUGGUAUGCUCUUGCAAACAAACACUGGUCUACAGCAUCACUGCUGCUUAUAUCUGGAGCAAACGGAUACAACGAAAGAGCAAUACCUGGUUUUGAGCCAAAACAAUGUGCUUAUGGAAAACAAGACGUUCAGACUGGACAGGGUACGAGGUUGAAAACCGCAAGCGUCGAGAACGGAAUUGAUAUUUCUUCAAAUGCGGGAAACAAUGUUACCUUGUGUCUUGCAUCUUCGAGUUCUUUCUUCAGCGACAAAAAAGAGACUGUUUCUGAUACAAACACAAACCAAAAGGAAAAUAGACAUUCCACAAAAACCGAUCCUGAAAAAGUUGCUGUUAAAAGACUCUUAAAGAUAGCACAGGCAGCGGAUGCAGCAGGAUGCGAUAUUAUACAUGCUGCAUGUGCUACAAGAAACUAUGAGCUUGUACAGGAGAUCCUAAGGAUACAUCCAGAUGCUUUCAGGCAAAAGGAUGAUCAGGGUUACUUUCCAUUUGCUUAUGCAGUGAUUGGGGGAAGCAAGGAAGUAAUAGAUGUGCUGAAAGAAAACAUGACUGGUGAAAUAGCCGAAAAAUCAUUAGAACCCUUUAUAUGGAAAAUGGCGUCUUCAGAAAAAAGAAAUUUACUUGAUCGUGCAUUUUCACAACUUCUCGCACAUAUUUAUGAUGAAAAGCGUGAAUUUUUUGAAGAUCACACAAAGGAAACUGAUGUGAAACUUUCUCCUUUUCGAUGGGGCGAACUUUAUUCUAGCACCAUAUGGCAAGAAAAGCAGAAAAUAUUAAAGAGUUGUUUGAAGCAAGAUGAAUUGGUAGGUAACGAUAUUGAGCAAGUGAUGGAACACAUUGAUGUUUUACGUAAUGUGUUGCUGAGAACACAUCCGUUGGACUCGUUUCUUUAUCUAAACCCAGUAAACGACACAUACCUACCUGAGGAAUAUGCGGAGUCACUACUUACUCUGUUAUUGAAUCACAUCACAGACAUUAAUCCCAGUAGCAUAUUAUCUCUCGUGAUGAUGCAGAAGUCAUGGAUCUUAAAAGAACUCAAAAAAAGCAACGUUGCCAACACUAUUAAGGCAAUGAAGAAACAAAUACUGUGGAAAUAUUCCGUUGUCGAUUGCAUAUUCAUUUUUGCUAGCCCAGAAGAUGAACGGAAUUUUAGCGAUGGUAUUAAUCAACUUAGAAUUGACAAGGAAUUAAAGGAAAUCAUGGGCAAAUACAGCUUGAACUUGUCGUCAGGCAUAGGAUCGCUAGCGGUGCAGAAGAAUCUAUGGGUUUUCCUUGAACAUGUCCUGUUUCAAACGUUUGAAAACGAAGGAAGUCUCAGUGACAAAUGGCAUUCCAUUCUUGCGACCGCAGCGGAGCGUGGACAACUCCCGUUCCUCAGGUCGAUAUUGGACAAACUCCACAUACCCAGAAUGACAGCUGAGCAAAGGUCUUGUUUUACUGCGUAUCUCUGUCUAGCCUGUCGGGCUGGAAAGACUGAUGUUGUAAAGUACUUACUACGGCACAACGUGCCGACCGUUGGCUCCAUGGAUGAAUACCCAAUACGUGAUAUUCUCGGAAAGCGCCAUGAGAAUUCGUGGAACAUUUUGCAAUAUGUAUUUUACAGUAAGUCAGAAAGUACACUUAAAGAGAUACUGAGUGUUCUGAAAACCGAAAAGGAAUUUCUGAGAACUCUUCAAGUCGACGAAUGCAUCAAGCAAAGUGGAAAGACGGGCAGUCCAGGAAUUGUACAUCAGAUGACUCAAUUCUUGUCCAUGACCAAAAAUGAAUGUGUCACACCGAGAGAAUGGGACCUAAUGCUACAGACAGCAUCAAGCAGAGGAUAUGAAGAUCUAUGCAUUUAUCUUAUUGAAAAGCAAUCAGCAGACGAAUGUUCGACUGAUAAUAGCAAUAUGUCACCGUUACAUUAUUGUGGUUACUAUGGAAUGGAAAAAUUGGCGUCGGUUAUAAUAGAGAAACGACCAUCAGCGCUGGGGAAUACCGACAUCAGGGGCCUGACUCCUAAAGACUACGCAAAUGCGAUGGGAAGGCCACAAUUAUUCAAGGGUUCCACGCAAACUCUUAAACAACUUGCUUCUGAAUGCGUCGGCUGGCUGAGAUGUCUUCUUAAAGAAAACUCUCUCAUUCAACAGAGUUCUUCUGAAGUGAUUAUUUCACCGCAUGUGUUUGCUCUGAGAGAACUCACACUGCAAAAUCUACUUUUACGCACUGAUGACCAUGCAUCCGAAAAUAUUAUCAAAUGGUCUUCUUGGGAGUUUGUUCGCUUAGCAGAAAAUGAGCCACAAAAGUGUGUUGAAAUCUUCAUACAAGCAGCAGCACAUAAAUGCAAUAAAGCUUUAAGAGCUCUAUGUGACGUAUUACAAACUACUACAGACAGCAAACAUAACCUCCAAUCGCUUUUGCUGAUGGAUGGAAAACUGAGCGAUGGACAAGCGAAGAGGUCGGCAACUGGUAGACGUGGAAAUGGUUUAACGCCACUAGGCUGGGCUAUUUACUCACAAAAUAUGGAAGGGGUUGAUAUUCUGAUGGAAAAGGAGGCAUGUUUAACAUGGAGAGAAACAUUUUCUCUGGAAAACAUACUCCAUCUGGCUGUCAAAACCGGAAAUCUUUCCAUCGCAAAACAUGUCAAUGACAAAACAGACGGCAAACUGAUAUCUGAAGAGGACAGGCAAAAGGUAACACCUUUAGCUGUUGCUGUUGCUCUAGGUCAUCAUAGAACGUUCCGGUUAUUGACUAAGAACAAAUUGAAAUCAGUCUCUUCUAAUCAUGACAAACAUGGAGGAAACCGAAUUGACUAUGGGUGUGUUGAUUGUUUGUUAGAUAAUUGCAUUGGUUGGUCUAAAAUCUAUCACAGCGGUGAUUCUGAAAUGAUAUCAACAGAGGAUGAAGAUACAAGAGUUAUUUUUCAAAAGAAAAACAACAGAGGCUAUGUCUUGGAGCAUAUGCCAAUGAGAAUAUGUAAAGUACCAAUUGACGUCCAACAUAUGUGUGAAGUCAAUUCAGAAGAAAAGACCUAUCGAUUGCAUAAAAUCCACUACAUAAGCAAACUGUGUGGACUUGACAGCAACCUUGUGAAAUCAGCACUUUUCUCCAUGGGAUACAAAGCAAAUGAAGAAACGAUGCAGUGGAUCAUUCUCCGAUCACUCACAGAUCCAUCUGAGGCAGCAAAGAAAGCAGUUAGAUUUGGUUUCAAUGAAUUAGCUAUCAAAUUUAUUCCACAGUUAAAUGAUGAGCAAACAUUUGAUGUAUUUGAGACAGCAGCAGUUAAUGGGAAUUAUCAUCUCCUCGAGCAGUGUCAGGAGCGAUUGAACUCUCUCAUUACGAAUGCCAUCGGGACAAGAUCAAUAAUUGAAUCUGCGGUGGCAUUUGGUAAUAUUGCACUGAGUAUACGCUUACUCAGAUUUACAGAGUCGUUAGGACAGAUAGAACAAUUCAAUUCCUUCCAAAACAUGAUAGAUGCCAUUCCGCAGAAGCUUCUCUGGUUGAUAGGGGAUCAAGUUCCUGGGAACGAUGAAUGGAGUAAGGACAUUGAACAUGGUGAACGGUUGACGCUUCCUGAUGUUUGGCUUUCAUUAGAGGAAACCGAUCCACUGAGGUCAUUUAUAGAAGAAAGAAUAAUUAUUGACAAACUUCUUCCUGACACAAUUAAUGGCAAAAAGUUUGUUGCAGAUAAAGAGAGCUUUCGAAAGCACUCUUAUUUCAAAGAAAAAGGAAACAUCUGGAUUGGGUGCUUCAUAUCUUCGAGUCAGAUAUUCGGUCAUGUGAAGGACGCGUUGAAUACCGAUGAUCCAAAAACAGCGACAGUAAAUACCAUUAAAGUCGCUUGUCUACCACCUGGAUCUUCAGAUCAUCCGAAGCUGAGUUUCGAAACAAAUGGGACACUGCUAGACAGCAUUGCAGUUGCUAUUCACAAUGAGACGCCAGUAUUGCAACUUGAUCCCAGCUUGAUUAUCCGUGCGAAGGAGACUUCACUGAAGGAUAUUGUCCAGAGCGAUGUCAUACCUGCUAUGGAACAACAGAUUAAGACUGAAUUUGGAAUGCCAAUACGAAUCAGAGUAGAUUGGAACUCUAUUGACACACGCAAGCGAACAAGCGGAUCUGAAACUGCCAUGAAAGCACUGACUGGAGAUAACUUCAACAACAAACUGGGAGGUCUACAGGAUGUUCUGAAUGACUGCAUCGAAACAAAAGAUACCAUCAAACAUUUGUUCAAUGACGAGACGGUAACGUUAGCUCUGAAACCAGUCACCGUAGUGAAAUUUAUCACGGUUACAUUAGUAGAUAGCAUUUCUGUUUCAGAUGGACAAAAGAAGUCGCGGGUUACCGCACCUGACAGCAACAUUUUGUGGAAUUUUUCCAUGGAAAGGUCAACAUUGAAGUACGACAGAACCACCUUUCCACUUUGGUUCCAUUUAAACAGAUACCGAACUGCAUGUGUUGCAUUCUGUGACAGUAUCUACAGAAUAUCAUAUUUACCUUCCUAUAACAAAGAAUGGGUAUUUUCUCUCCACCUUCGAAGAAAAAGAGAUGUAACGUUUGAAAUGGAAUGGAGUUCCUUCCAAACGACAGACGAGAAAACAUUCAUGGACCUGGUUGGUCAUGGGAUAGCAAGAGAGCUUCAAGUGAUGGCUUGCGAAACCCAGGCAAUGUUGCGUUUAACCAUCGACAGUAAUCAUGUCACAGUAAAGAACUCUGCAUCUGCACUUUACACCGGCAUCAGUCUUGAUACUCACGGGAAGUCUGUCACUGCCUCGGUAUAUAUCCACCAAACCGCAAAGAAAACUUGGGUAGUUGAAGAUGGCCGAACUGCAGCAAAACUUGGUGACUUGGAAGACAAACAGCUUAGUCAUGGAGACUGGCAGAAGGAAACUUACUCAAUGGUUAAAGAAUAUAUAGCAAACGCUAGAAAAGUUGCAGAAAAUCGAUUUGGUUUCAGUAUAGACAUUCUCUUUGAUGAGAAAAGGAUACUUGCCCCGUUACUGUUGAAGUGCAGAAGAGAGGCUGCGCAUCCACAUGAACUCGUCCAGCGAUCAAUGAAGGAGUUUCUAGAAAAAUUGAUCAUUGUAUAUGAAGAAGCGAUGAAUCAGGUGCUGUCUGGUCCAUAUACAUCGUAUUCAUUUUAUAUGCAGGACCUCGACGUGCCAUCAGGGAUAUGGAAGGACUACGAGAAAAGAAACGGCAAGACCUCUAAAUCAAAUAAAACACUAGUUUUGCGGAAGUAUAAAACAGAUCGCAGUCACAAAUGCAUAGAAGAUUACAACUAUUCUAACCGCUUCGAAAUGCAACAAGUGUCACAAGGUGAUAUUGAAGACGAAACAAACGUAUCGAAAUGCUAUGAAUUUAUGUAUCCAACGAGCAAGUUGAUGGAUAGGAGUCAUACUGACCACUCACAGCACAUCCGCUUCGUAUCUUGCCUUGGAAAAAUGUACGAGAUAGUGGACCAGAAUGCUCUGAUGAGAGCACUUAGCAAACUGCCCACAAAAGCGGUGAUGGGUCACGACGCACUAGAUAUUCUUGAAUUAUUUGGGUCCGAAAGAUUAUUCAUCAAGUUGUUCCCCGCGCUUACGAAGGAUAUACAGCUAAGCAGCGUGUCUUCAACAAUUCCGGUCAUGUACGACUCUUUUUAUAGGAUCAACUGCUUACAACGAGUACAUCACAUUGAUCACUUUGUCAUCAACUGGGACGACUUAUUUGAAUCUAAAAGAGCUAACAAAGAUGAAAAUCUACUGAAUGUGCAAAGUUUUAUCAGAACUCUGGAAGAUGUCCUGAUAUGGACAUAUCGGAAAGAAGGCUUGCCAUGCAAUAUAGUUGAAAACAGAAACAAAGUAUCCAAAAUGUCGCUUAUAAAGAUAUCAAGUCUCCAUCUGACAAAACUUUCAGAUGAUUUCAGACCAGACGCUUCUGUUGUGAGGAUAAUACAACCGAAGGAGAAAAGUCAACCCCAUGUUUAUCUCCGACAAGGCAACGCACUGACAGUAGCAUUUCAAAACUUCAAAGAUAUUGGUAUGUUCUAUGAAAUCCUGUUGACAACAGCAGUUCAUGUUCUGGAAGUGGAGGUGAAAAUCUUCAUUGAAACAAGCAUUGCCCAACCUCAUGAGAAAGAUAAAUGGAGAAAGAAACAGUAUGAUGGCCCCGAUCCUAUUCGACCUGACUUAUGCUAUGUCGAAAACAUUCUACCAAACAUUUUAUCUUGCUUGGGUGAUAUCAUAAAUACAACAGAAGGAAAAGAAGCUUUGAUGGCAGGCUUUGUGGAUUUCCAGUUUGCCCGGUCUGAAUCUAAUAGGACAACGAUCAAGUUUGAAGACGGUUGGUUGAUAUGUUCAAUAUCCCCAGAGGACAUGGGUGCUAACUUGAACAUUCUGUUCAAGUCAGCUCUCGGUAUCAAAGUUAACAGAAAUCCUGCUCUGCAAUACAAAGGUUCGGGUGUUUACUUCACAACCCAAGAUGAAAACAUUCUAGAGGUGAUGAGUGAAAAUUGCCACCCAAACAUGCUUCAAAUGAUGUGUGACACAAACUAUUUCACAAUACAGCUGUUGGAUAGAGAAAAGAAACAGCCCACAUAUAUAAAACCACUUCAGGCUUUGUUGGAUGAAAAUCAACAAGCUAUCCAAAUAAAAUGGAAGAGUGUUGACAGACUGCCCUCUAACAGCAUGGGACACGUGAAACUGAUGUACAGGGAUGCAUUAGUUGAGAGACAAAUAAAUACAUACAUUUGUAAAAACGUCAGCAGACCAACAGAAAUAGUGACACAGGGAGGUGGACUAGAGAUUCAAAAAGGUGGAAAGGCACUGAUCAUUGUAGAGCAUGACACUCAAUGUCACGUCAAGGGGCGGCAGGACAUGACAGCAACCAACCAGAGAACAGCUGACAUCCAAAAUGGCAUCCGGAUACAGACCAAGGCUAAUGUGGAUUUCCUCAUUAAGACGGGAACGAGGUCAUUCAGACAACCAUUUCUUCCAAUCAAAAUCAAGUUUUUAUCUGGACAUAAUGAUGCUCAGUGUAUCGAGCUUGAGUGUUUGGACACAUCUAGAUGUAUGGCGGCCGCUAUGGUCCGCCACGGACGUCCAUUCAGAAAUGUCCGAUCUAGAAUACGCCAUGAAAGCGGCGAGGAAGGUGUAAAACUGGACCUUUCGAAAGAUCCUGGUGAAAAUGUUAAAGAAAUACUGAGCAUUGCAACAGUACAUCUUCAUGUACAUAAGACUAAGAAGCUUGGUUAUCUAAAUGCAUUUGUUAAACUUCUUUACAAGUUGGGGAAAGAGAAAAGCUUAGGAUAUUCCAAACAAGAUAUAUUGUGCUGCUUAAGAGUGAGUUUGUUCCAUGAGGCCAAAGAGGUGAGAGCAGCAACCCUUAGGGUGUUGAGGUAUUUUAUACAGGAUGGGGAAACACUGGAUCUCUUAUACAAACUACAUAUGGAUUAUCUCAUUGUCAGGUCCAUUGACAUGUGCCUGGACAAUGAGGUGGAGAGAAUCCAUGCCAUUAAGCUGGUACGCAGGAUAGCACAGUUGGCUCCACACAGACUUACCUGUUCCUUAAUCUACCCUCUUGUUGCCAUUGGUAAUGACGGGGCAGGAGAACGGGAUCGGAUGGUUCGAGUUUGUCUCUCAACUAUUUGUGAAAUAGCAUUCCUGAACCCAGAACUGAUAGCUAAAUGUGGUGGUGUUGGGAGUAUCCUGAGGGCUGCUUUAGACUGUCACCAAUAUCCCAGGAUCAAUGAAAGUCUAGUCUGCACAAUACUGCACCUUCUCAACCAUCCACGAACCAGGCAUCUGAUCAAGUUCAACACUGAUCUAGAGCAACUAUUGGCACCAUUCACUGAUUGUCAUUACCGGUACAGUGGAGCAGAGACUUCAGAUCACUCUGGAGAUGAUAAAGAAAAUCGGUUUGCCGCCAGUAAGAUGGCUGUAGUGUCCAUUAUGAGGUCUUGGCCAGGUAUUAUAAGAUUUUGUCGUCCAGACGGAAGUGGCUUACAGUCCUUAGUAGGAAUAUUAUAUCUGCCAUAUUAUGAGAUUAGGCAAGGCAUUAUAGAGAUCCUGUAUGAUUUAUUUCGUCUUCAAGUACCUGAGUGGACGGACAAUUUCUCUGCAGCCUUGCUGAGUGUUGAUCCUUCCAUGAUGCGAGACAGCUGGCGUCUGACAGAUGGAUUCAUAUGUGAGGAAGGUCGAUCACUACUACCACACAUGGCCAAAAUUAGACCUAACCUUGUAGAAAAUCAUUUAGCACUGCUGCUGUCUGCAUGGAUUGGUGCUGGUAUCUUUGAUGCUUUGGUGGAAGUUGUUAUCAGCAGUGAUGAUCAGCUAUUUAUCAGGACUACCAUACUUCUGGGUCAGCUGAUGCACAUGGCAAGCACCCUCCUACCAAAUGAGUGUAGCCAUCACAGCCACUGUCUUCCUACUCUAAUGGCCAUGGCCUCUGCUGCAGACAUUCCUCAGCAGCAGCAGCAUCGAGCAUGUAAAGCUGUGUCCUACCUAGACCGAUUACAUUCCAUGAAGAAACGAGGUAUAGUGCCCCGCAGUCUCUACCUGGACCAUCUCAUACAGAACAUGGGGGGCCGCAAGUCACCAUUCUCCAAACACUUUCACCAAAACAAGAACAGACUCAACUCUUACUACAUUAACAAGCUGUCAUCAGAAGACAUGGUGGUACAAACUGUAAAGGACUCACAGGUCCUGUUUACCAAAGACAACUAUAUAUGGGACUGGGACCUGAUAGCUUCAAUCCUGAAGUGGCCACUAGAUAAACAAAAGAAGUUAGAUGAGCAGAUUAUGUCUCGGUUUAUGAAGCGGUUGAUAUACUUUUUCAAGCCCACCAAUCAUCUCUUUUCUCGUCUUGACGUUGGACAUAAGUUGGCUACAAAGAUUGCUCAUGUUGGAUGUCUGUUGAUGGAGUUUUUAAUGGAGUGUGGCCAGGAGGAAAUAAAGAAACCUUUUGUAGACUUCAUCAAUGACAUAGGACAGUGCCUGUCAGAGAUUGGAAGCAAACACUUGGCUGCUGAAGCUGUUCUCAGUCCUAGUAACACCAUCAGCACAUGUAGUCAGUUCUACUUUCUCUUCUUGGGCAAGAUAUCUGUCACAGCCAAAGGUGACAAACUGUUGGAGAAGUGUAGCAUCUACCAGUAUUUGUUGGAAAUUGUGAGUGUGGCAGCUCAGGACAGCUUUGUGAAACUGACAGUAUCUGGUCUUAGCUAUAACCAGGAGGGCAACUGUAGGGCGAUUCUAGCUAAGGCUCUCUGUGCCUCUACAGAGAGUGCCCGUAUGUUCUGUACAAAGUUUCUGCGUGUCUUACUUCGUGUCAGAGUUCCUGGGUUCAGUACGUGGGGGAUGGAACUCCUGACAACACAGUUGUAUGACCAGAGCCGCAGUAUCUCCCUGGCUGCGCUUGGAGUCAUGGAGGAGGCUUGUGAAGUUGAUACAUGCCUAAAUUCGUUGAUAAAAUUACGACCUUCAUGUCUACACCUUGGAGAGAAGGGUCGAUUACUUACCUGUAGGUUCAUGUCAACACCACGUGGAUUCCGUGCCCUAAUGGAUGCUAAUUACAUAUCUAAUGAAUUGGAGAUUUGGGCAAAGACAUUUGACACAAAGUAUGUGAGCAUUGUUGAAGAACUGUUAAAUGAAGCUCUCACAACAUACGAGAAGACAUUUGAGGGGUCCUUUUCAAGAAGGUCGAGUCGAAAGCGUCCAAGUAAAGAUGCCUUCCUGCCAGUUCACUUGUAUGGUCAGCUUACACAAACCAAAGAUGGCUUUCAGCUUUUACGACAGCAGGAGUAUGUAGAAGAAUAUUUCCAAUGUAUCCGAUGCCAAGAACUGAUGACAGAUGAAGACAAUGUGAAACUGAAGACUGCCCUUUGGGCUGUGGGUCACAUCGGAAGUUCUACGUGGGGUGUUGGUUGGCUGGAUGAGGAACGUCUGUUUCCUGAAAUAAUACGACUAGCUGAAGAAUGUGGAGUGUUUUCUAUUAGAGGGACAGCUUUCUAUGUGUUGGGACUGCUGGCCAGUACCCGUGAAGGGGCAGAACUCCUUACUCAGCUUGGCUGGGAGUCCUGUUGGCACUCACGUGGGGAGAUGUGGCCAGUGGUUGAGGACCGUGCAGAGAUGCUAAGUGACAUUGAAGAUGCAACAGAGAGUGUCUUGAGUUUUGGCAGUACAUCACGGUCUGAUCCGGACUACCGCACAAGUCUGCACUCCCCUGGAAUAGCCUCAAAUAAUCUCUUCUUUAUUGCUGAGGAGGAAAAGACAUUAAUUAGUGAUGGAUUGGCCUGUGAUAAUAACCACAACCGAAACAUAGACACCACAAACAUUCCAGACAACCCUAAGGCGGCAAUAAUACGUAGUAAAACCCUUCCUUUUGAGUCUCCCACCUAUAGAAGGUAUAAUAGCAUGCCGUUACAACCUCGAACUGCCAAAAAAUUCUCCAGAAGUAGUAAACAGCGAGAUAGAACUCUAAGUGAUGAUUCUGAUAAAAGGUUGAGUCCAAAGGAUCCUCUUUCACCAGUGUCGCCUUCAGAAUAUCUACCUCUGGCCUCAGAGUUUGGCUCCCAAAACCAGAGCACAUCAGUGUCAGUCAAGGAAAGUAACUCUGAGGAGUCCACCGUUAUACCUGUGAUAUGUUUACCUGAUGAAUCAUCAGAACCUGAACCUGUGUCAACAGACAAGGACGAAAGUGUGAAAGACAAAGAGGUCACAGACUCAAAGGUCAUGUUACGACAAGAAGGAUUGGACAAAAGUAAGGUGAUCAAACGCUCACCUAUUUUCCGUGAUGGAAGGAGCAGUAGUAGUGAAAGUUCAAGGUCAAGCAAGAAUCGUGCAGAUAGUUUCAAUACAGACUCUACAACCAGUGGUGUGAGUUCAUGUGAGUCAGGACCCAACACUUAUAUCUCAUCAGAGGUAGCAUCACUUAGUCCAAUCGCUAGCUCUACCUCCCUCAACACCGUAGGGGUUAAGUCAGUACAGCAGGGCUCCUCCCUUGAAACCAAAGACCUCAUCCAUCCAUCAACUGUAAGGAGAAAAUCUAUGAAUCUUCACCGUGUUCCUAGUGUAAGAAAAGUGCUAGGUAACCCCAUAUAUGGAAUUCUGUCCUCAUCACGGAUGGAAGGCCUGACAUCAGAGAAUGCCAUAAUGUAUACUACCAGUAGAGAUGCUUAUGGGUAUGCCACUUGGCGGUCAAUCAAACGUCAGCGUACAGUCAGCUCUGACCUAGAUUCUGACCUCGGCAUCAGUAACCUAUAUGAUGAGGAAGGAACAACAGGCACUCUCAGUCGAAAGUCAAGUGUAGAUUCUAAACUGAGUCUUGAUCUGUUUGGUGGAACAGCCAGCAGACUGAGUUUGGGAAUGACAAGAAAUGCUAGUGGUGUAUCUCUGUCUGAGAUGGAUGGACGGCCCUCCAGCCCUAUGGGUGCUAUGCCCAAGGCAUCAUUACAGAAGCGUCGACCACACACAGGAGAAGCUGAGUUUGUUGGCCUUACCUUACCUGUAGAUAUCAACAUGAUGUUUGAGGUUCAUGAAGGUGAGGACAAGCGAUCACAGUCUAUAUCAGGUGUAUUUGACCGGACAGAGGAUGUUCAAACAAGUCGCAGCAGGAAGGUGUCUUCAUCUGGCAAGAGGUCUAGAACAUCCUCAUCAACUACCAGGGGUGACGGAGUUACUAUAGGAUCUGAUCAUGACAUGUCUGUCUGUGUGGCCUGUUACAGACUCCAAACAAUAGGACAGAACGAUGGACUAGGGGACAGAGAAGAUGGUAUACCUGAUGCUGAAUUUGAGUCCGACGGUCAAGGUUCUGUGACUGUGAUAGAACAUGAGGAGGACCCAGGCAGUUUGCUGGAGGCAGUCAAACAACAGAAAGGUGACCGACGGACUCGCCUUGACAGUCUCAACGAGCUGUCGUCUGCCACACCUGGAAGCAUGACCAGCUGUACUAGUACUGACUCUUCAACCAAAAAGAUGUCAUUUGACAGUGUUCAUGGACGUGCUCUUAUCAGACAAGAGAUUCGAAAGCUGGUCACCAACCUCAGUAGUUCUGUCGGCGUCAAGGGGUCAGAGCAGGGACUUUUGGGAUUGAAACAAAAGUUUCCCAAAGUUUUUCAGGAUGUUUGCUUUUACUCCGAGGUGAGCCACAUCAUGACCAUUUGUUCUUUCCGACUAACUGCACGGAGGUUUAUACAGGAGCUGUUUGAUGAGUUUGACAUCACUAAGUUACUGGAGGAAGCCAGGUGUAUCCUUGGAGUUGUCGUGGAAACUGAGAGCACAGGACCAGUUACAAACAAACAGGACACCCUAGACAGUGUGUGGGAAAACAUUUUCUGAAAUGUCUUUAAAACAAGGCCUGUAAGGCAGUGUACAGAAAAAAGCUUGUCAAAAUAAAAGCCAAAUGGAUGCCUAUGAACAUGAUCUCUAUACCAAAGUAUUGGAAAUCAUCCAGGAUAUUUGUGAAAUAUCCGUGGUACAAAAUAUACACUCUAGUUAACACCAAUUUGUUGGAAAUAUUUCCUCAUUGUCAGAUAAAUGAAUAUCUCUAAUGUGUGAUGAAGUAGACAUUGUACUGGACACACAAUAAAUAAAACAAAGACAUUUGAUCCCUAAUUGGUGUAUUGCAAAAACAUGAAAUGAUAUGAAAAGUUGUAUGUAACAAAUCUAUAUAUAAUUUCUAACUAAAAGUGAAUGUUGUAUUCCAAGAUUGUGUCAUAACCAAUUAUUUUCAUGUAAAAUACAUUGCAUGAGAUGUUGUUUGAGAGGUAGUAAUGUUAUGCUUGUAAGGUGUAACCUCACUCUAGCCUCCGCCCACUGGUGUUCAAGUCCAGGGAAAUGACAGUGCCCAUGUGAUAUCGGUGAUUACAGGAUGGAAUUAUUUAUUGGACAAAAUAUGUGACCAAAAAAGUUUUUAAGCUGAAUUAUGAUGGAUACAUGAUAUACCAAGUUUUUUUUUAUGUUAUCGACUGUUAACAUGUGUAACAGAUUUUCAGGACUAAGGUAACUUAUUUUUUAUCAUAAACUGGUAUACUUUUACACUUCUAUACUAAAUAAAAGUUCCAAAAGCUCUCCAGCCUGUACAUUUGACAAGUUUCUCAUCUUUAUAUUUGUUUAUAGUCAAUACUUUAAUUGAAAUAUUUCUGCCAGUUUUGUAAACAUAACUAAUCAGUCCUAUUUAUUCAUUACAAAAUAUGUAUAUACGCAAAUAAGAAAGUUAACGUGCUGAAUAUCACAUGAAUAACUUUGAGAACAAGAAAGGAAAAACCAGUUCCUAAUAUUUAUUUUGUUUGAUUUUUCAUCAGUAACGUUGGAGAUGCAAGAAAUGAAGGUUUGAAACUUGAUAAAUGUUCAAUUUUUGAUCUACUGUUUAUAUAUUAAGUUGUGUACAUAAAUAAGAGAUAAUGUGUCAAUACUGUACCAUUAUGAAAUUGUAACAACCACAAUAUGAGUGAUAUAUAUACCGGUAUUAAGCAUUACUGUCAUCCUAGAUACUCUUAUCCAUCCAGACUCACUAUGAGAUAUAGGGCCACUGUUUUAAACUUGUUGUUUAGAAGGAUGUUGCAGUGAACUUAUUUGUAAACUGGACCCAUCCCACCAAAUUUUAAUAUCUUCAAAAGUGCAAUAUUCAAAGACCUGUGAAGCUUAGACAAUAUUGUAUGCAUUCGUCCAGUUUCCUCUGGCUCCUCUACCAGAAAUCAGUAAUUCUGAUUGACUGAUGUCCUGCACGACAUUUGUCGGUCAGAAUGUUUGGUAUAGGAGCCUGAGAAAGACUUGGCACUAUAUGCAUAUUUAAAUGAUCAUGUGUAUUUUUAUAUAUUAUUAUAAAAGAGUGAUUUUGUAAAAGAUUUAGUGAAAUUGACAGUGUAUGAGUGGUUGUUCAGCUGCAUGUUGUGCCAUGUAAGACAAGACUGGUGGUAUAUGUUGACUAAUAAAACAUCACCUUGAUCACAGAGUAAAUGUAUAUAGAUGCACAUAUGUUGUAUAUUUAAUAUUGUGUGUGCGUAGUGUGUAUUUAACACACAAGUGCUAGUCAUAUGAUCCAUAGAUCGGAUCUGACAUAUUGUAUACCAAUUAGGAGCUCUAGUCAGAAACAGCCACUGGUAAUUGAAUGUUUUCAUCGCCCAAUAUACAUGCAAGAUGAGGAUGUAUCAAGAAAUACCUGAAAAUUUUGGUUUUCACUAUACACAAAUAAUCAAGAUUACUUCAUAUAUAAGAUUUUAUUCUAAACAAGUCAUGUCGGUGGAUCAUAAAUUGGUAGCAGGGAAAUGAUUAAUUUUCUUCAAAUUUCAGGUUCUCAUUGAAUUUAACACUUGACUAUCAAAGAGGCAUUAUUGAAUUAGUGACAUCUUAUUUGAUUAAGUAUCAACUGCUGCAGUAGUUAACUUAAAAUCUGUGAAACAUAGCCAUCACUAUAAAUGUAAGAAAUAUAUGUGAUCUGUAUACAUGUCCUAAGAAUCUAUGUAUACGUGUGGUAAGAAUCUGCUUCCUUCAUAUUUUUACUGUAUAAAAUACCAAUAUCAGAUACACCUGUUUUGGGUGAAGAAAGUGGUAUGUUCAGACUUAGCGAGUUUCAAUUGUGUAGUUAUGACACUUUGGUUUUUACAACUGGCUUCAAUCAAUGUGCCAUAAUACUUCAUGGAUAAUUAUUUAUGUGUGUAAUGUUUUCAGAAGUGAGCGUCAUGUUUUUAUGUAUCAGGGUGUUUAUUAGUCUUCGACAAAAAGUGUGUCCAUGUCAAAAAGAUUAUAUACUGGACUCGAUGCUUUAUAUGGACUGAAAGACAAUGAUGCACUUGGUAGUCAGUCAUGUUUUUUUUUCAGCUAAAAACCUGAAUCUGUUUUACAACACGUGUAUGCUGUCAGGAACGUAGUUGGAUAAGGUUGGUUUUGUUCUUCCUGCUUAUACUUGAUGUGCAAGGAGUCAAACACAGUAUGGCCAGUAUCAUGAAGAAUGAAAUGUUCAAGAUUUUUUUUAUGUAUGUUCAAAUAUUUAAUAUUAAUGUAAAUUAUGUUCAGGUGUGUAAUUAUGAGUAUGACCUAUUCGUUCAACUUCUCUCAGAAUGUAUGCUUUUUCAGAAUAUAGCUGUGCAUAAUUCUCAGAGUGUACAUAUAUUGAGAAACGUACCAGUAUAUUUGUAAUCUUGGUGCAAGGAUUUGUAUGUUUGCUUUUGAUGUGCUCCAGUCCAAAUAUUUUGCGAUUUCUGCCGCCUAUUAUAUGUGUUAAUGCUAAUAAGCAGAGAUUGUAUGUGAUAGCACUUGCAUGAUGGAUCAAACCAUUUUAUUUAUACUGUUAAGUUUGUCAAACACCGACUGUUAUGUUGUCGGCACUCUUGUGGAAUAUUCACAAUGCAGAGAAACAAGUCAAGGAAUAAAAUAAAUCUACGA